AUGUACCUGGUACAAAUUAUACAGAAAAGCAGAGCGUAUGUAUAUACUGACAGGAACAUGCCAGUUGAUAUAGGCCUUUCUCUCUUGCACCCACUGCUGAGUGUUGGCACCGCGGCGGCAGCGGCAAGCAGAAGAAUCAGCGGAAAGGGACAAGCAGCAGCCGCAGUGUUACUGCCGUGGAUCGGAGGCGGGGCGUCCUUCAUGUCUGCCUCCCAACCCCCGCGCACCACCGCCGCUUCAUCCUCCCUCGGCGGAGGGUCCACGGCGCCCUGCGCGGCAUCAGCGGCAUCAGGGCCCUUGGGUCCCGUGGCUGUGGCACCGCCACCGGCCUUGUCGCUGGCGGCCUCAUCUCAUAAUGAUUGUCCCACAACAGACGUCACACCAUCGGCGGCCACAUCCUCGAUGUCCGGAAGAUCGCGCUUCUUCUCCGCCUCCUGCGGCGCACCCGCGGUGUCGCUGGGCAAGAGCACACCGUUGCCGUCGUGGCACCUGAAGCGAAUUCCCUCUCCUCUGGCGACGGAUGCUUCUGGGGAGCAGCCGUGUCUAAGUCCCUUGACGGUUUUCCAUGGCCGGUCUCAAUGCUCUCCGCAACGGGGCGGAUGC